AUGCAGGGCCGGGGCUUCCGCGACCAGACCAGCCUUGCCGACAGGUUGGAGGGGGGCACCUUUGACAGGCUUCCCUCUGCCGGGUCUGGGCCUGGCCCCCAGAAGUCUGUGGAGGGGUGGGUACUCCUGGUGACAGGCGUUCAUGAAGAGGCACAGGAGGAGGAUCUGCACGAAGCCUUUGCUGAGUUUGGGGACAUCAAGAACAUCCACCUCAACCUGGAUCGACGAUCCGGGUUUGUCAAGGGCUAUGCGCUGAUUGAGUAUGGCAGCAAGGAGGAGUCCCAGGCUGCCAUCGAUGAUCUGGAUGGGAAGGAGCUGUAUGCAAAGCCAAUCAAUGUCACCUGGGCCUUCUCAACAGGGCCCUUGCAAGCGAAGGCGCGACGGUGA